AUGCGCCUCCACCUCAUCACCGCGUUGGCAUUCGCCGCAGUCACGUCCGCGCAGCAAUACCAAUACCCAGAUCCCGGUUCCAAGAACCAGCAAUUCACCCUCCUCAUGACUCGAGGCGUUGGCGAAAGUCGCACGAACUUGUCUCUCACGGCUGUCAAGAGCGAGGAGGGCUCCGAGGUCUUGCUCCUUGUCGGCGAGGAUCCUGUCACCUGUGUUGGAACGCCAGCAUACCUCAACGCCAGCCUCAGUAAUUAUGAGGGUUCCGGCGGCGAGCAUGUUGCGCUUCAACUCGAUGUCGAGGGACAGAGAUAUGGAGUCUCGGUACCACCCAUUGGAGGCAUGCACGGCAUCGCAUACAGCGUUGCGGCUGACAAGGACUCCGCCGACUUCAAGUUUCAAGUCGUGGACAACGAAGUCUUCUACCAGCCAUCAUCUGGAGCCAGCGUAUUCCUAGGCUGCGACCGAGAUCUCGACGGAGAGACCAGGUCGAUUCUGUCGUGGGGAUCUGCACCGUUUCCACAAGGAUGCUGGCCUACUUCAGUGCAUCAGAGGUGCAAUAUCGAGGGUAGCAGCGUGAAGUGCAAUUGA